AUGACGCACUACCGCCUGGAACCUGGAACUUCAGGAGUUCGCCCAAGGCCCAAGGCCCAAGAGCGAGCUUGGCUUGAGUUGGUCAGCGAGCCAUCGGGCCGUCUGUACAGCAUACCGGCAGAGGGCGCUGCAGACUCAUCCGGACAAGGACGCGAGAUAGGCCAUGCUGGAGAGGCGCUUCUUGUGCUUGGCCUUCAGGGUGGGAGCCAUGAUGCCUACGUCCGGGUCCGCCAGGCCUUCGAGGUGCUUCCCCAAUGCUUACUCUCCGCCUCUUGCGGUUCCUCACGGCAACGACCGGCGGAGGUGCUCAGCGACCAAAGGCUUCGUGCUGACUACGAUGCCGGACUUCGGGCGGCUGGAGAAGAAGGCGAAAAGAUACCACAUACCGCACAGUCGCGCGAUGAUAUGAACAAGAUGAACAGAUGCCGAGCGGCUUGCGCCGAGCUGGCUCCGCCGAAUGUGGAUCCUCGGAACCGCUUGUCUUGUGCCUCGCUGAGCGAUGCUGUGCCAAGAGAGCUGGGCAUCGACAUCGCAGAAACUGAGGAUGGGACGGUCGUCGGUAUGAUGGAUCUUCCCGAGUCUGCAUGGGCAGCCGCACUGGAGACACACGUUGCGCAGGUCCUGGAAUGUUGCCGGAAGCACUUGCAAAGAUCGCGGGAGAUGCCGAAUCUUCAUGGCAACGCUGCCAAAGAGUCUGCCGCAGUUCCUGCUGAAGGUCCGGCUGUUCGAGGCCUCUAUCAGACCAAGCGAGGCACCUGGGAAGUCAGCCUGUCCAUCCGAAGAGUCCAAUGCGCUAUUUUCAAUGUGCGCGACAUUGAAAGAGCGCACGAUUGGCACGUCGCCCUCGCCAGCGACUUAGAAUUCCGGCCACUUCUGGCAAAACAUGGCAAUGCUGACUCGCAGAAGGUCGAGCUCCGGCGGAAGGCCGGCUCGUGGCCGCCGCAUUCCGCCACGGCCGCAUUCUUUGCUUCAAUCUUCGAUUCCCAGGUCGACGAGAAAACCACUUCGGCACCCUCGGAGCGUGAAGCUUUCAGAGAAGCCCUUGAAGAAGCCUACGAUGCCGACCCGGAACUUAGAUUAGUUCUGCAGUUCCGGGUUAGCAUCCGAGAGGCCGGAUGGUCACACGACAUCGCCAGAGAGAUUCGGGAUGCCAAGACCUACGAGAAGAAGCAGAAGGACCUUGAGAAAGCCAAACAGGCCGCGAUGCUCCAGGAGGUCUUGGUCGCCUUGGAGCAAUUGCGGCGCGAGGAGGCAGCACGACAGCGCAAACCUGUCCCUCUGGCUCUGCCAGCACCUGAAGAACCGCUCCGGGUGCUUCCGGCUCCGGGUGCAACGGAGGAGGCAGCGGAGCCUGAGGAUUCUCUGCGAGCUCCACCAGGGUCCCUGCAGACCCAACUUCCCGAGAGCCAGGCAGAGGAGGUCGAUGGCUGCGUUGUCCCGAUGAAGGGCUUCGCAAAGUUCUGUCGGGCCAUGUCGUUGUCAAAGCCACAACGUGAACAGCUUCGCAAGCGGGUGCAAAACGAUAUGGAGGUGCAAAACGCUAUUCGGGAGGCCAUAGUUCGCCACUCUGGAAGUCUCCGCGGAGCUCCGGCCUUGAAGGACAAGCCUGCCAAUGUUCCUGCCGCUGCAUCCAGGAUUGAAGGAGGUUGCUCAGCCUUGGUGGCCUAUGCUCAGCCAUCUCGAGGACCCCCCGCGCGGAAGAAAGGAUUGCUGGAACUCUUGCUGGAGAAGCACGAGGCAGCCUUCUACCCCGGCUUGCUCACCAUCUGUGAGCUCGUCAGAGUUACAACGACCUCUCGGCGUGCCUACAGUGCAUCUGCUGGUGCAACCAAGCGCCAGUUGGCAAAUUUUCGGCUUGCCGACUUCGGUCGGACUACUGCGAGGUCAAAGCGCGGACGAGUGCUGCCGGGAGGAGAGCAUCGCGAGUUGAGGAUGCUGCAGGAAUGCUUCCGGACAAGGCGAUUCGCCCUGCAGAUUCAGCAUUUAGAUCUGUCGACUCUGGAGAUGUCGUCCAUCAGCAAACAAGACUUCCAGUACAUGUUGGGAUGUCUACCGAACCUGGUGUCUGUCAUCUUUCCCAGCCGAGGUUGGGCAGGCACGCUUCAGCUCCGGACCUUUGUGAACAUCGCAAAGUCGCUGAAGGUGAGCAUCGGGGCCCUCAAGGGCGAUCUCAUGAUCCUCAGAGGUGCAGCGCAAAGGUCUACGGAUGAAGCUCGACCAACGCCACUAGCCAUAACAGCAGGAGAAACGGCCACACCGCCAAGUCGAAAGCGACCUCGCGUGGAGGUGGCCGGUGCGCCCACGCCCCGUCCUCGCAGAUCAACAAGACGCGAGGCACAGACAGACAGUGACGCCCUGGGCUUUCGUGCUGCGCUGGAAGACGUACGUCAGUCUUCCGAAAGACGUAUCCUGCCGGGAACCGUGCCGGCUACUGCCCACUCCGCGCCUGCGAAUGGUCAGACCUUUGCACCACUCCCGGAAUCGCACCGCUCGCCGGACCUGCAACCGGCGGUGCAGGCAUUGCGUUCGGGAGGAUUGAGGCGCAGGAAGGAGAUAACGGAGAAUCAGCGAGAUUCCAGAGACCGGCACGCUGGUAGUCACAGUUUCUGGUGGCCCGAACGGCGUUGA